AUGGCUAAUUUCCAGAGACACUUCCCCUUCCCUUCGUGUUCGCAACUGCGUACGUUGAACCGGAAUGUACUGCACGAGAAGGUCAGUGGGACCCAAACCUACUGCAUACUCUGUAGUGGGGUCAAAAGACGGACAAAAAACGGGCCCAAGACACUUAGAAAGGGCUCGCGCCAGGUGCAGUGGUGUUCGACAUGUAGGCAAGCUAUCUGCUGCAGCUGCCGGACGGUCUGGCAUUCUCGCCCUACACUGAAGCGACAUGGGCCCUCUCCUGUCCAUGAGAGGGAGUUUGACUCUGGGCGACGCACUUUUCAACGAAUAAGGCAGGCUUCACAAGCCCGAGAGUGAAGGCCGUAAAAUGUCUGUAGAACAAGGCUAUCAGCUAUGCUUUUUGGAUGGGUUUGUGAUGGUUUGUUGAUGUUGGAGAUGAUCGUGAGACAAUGGUGUGAGAGUCACAAAACAAUUUGUGUGUGAAUCACAAAACAGUCAACAAAAGAGCACUUCGAGAUGUUGACGUCACAAAAAUGAAGUGAAAUUCAGAAAAACAAAGCGAGAUUCACCAAACUUGUGAGAAUUUUGAGACGUUUGUGUGCAUUUUGUGAAUGUAUGCCCCGAUCACAAAUUAGGACCACCCCACACUUUUCGGGAGGACACUUUCCAAAAAAGUACGGGUCUCUUGGAGACAAAACGUAUAUCUUCUUAAUGACAACACAAUUUUGUGUUUAAAGAACCUAGUCUCGGGACGUAGCGCUCAACAAGACCGAAGCAGGACGAAAAUAUCCCGACUGGGGCAAAAAAUAGCCGUCACAAAAAUGGAGCAGAGGGAUAUAAAGGAGGCUCAAAUGCAUAUAUUUAGAGACAAAGCACACUGCUAACACAAACACAACAAAGCCUGUAUAACACAACUAAAUAACUUCAUCCUUUGAGUAGUGAACCAUGCCGGAUGGUACACGUGGGCGUAUGAUAACCUGUGCCAGAGGGUGAGCCAUAGCUUUAUAUAGAGGGAAACACUACUAAAGUAGGCACUAUUGAGCGACCCUGUAAUAUGUAAUGGCUGUCGCGCGACAAGAUUUACAAAAGCUGUAUGGCUGGCCAGCCAUACUGGAACUAGAUUAAUUUUUGUUAAAUUUUUAGAGGUUGAUUCUAGUAUGGGUAGCCACCCAUACAGCUUUUGUAGAUCUUGUCGCGCGACAAACACAUCACACGUGUGGACCCAAAUGCAAUGUAUUACACGUGUGGAUCGAUAUGCAAUGUUUUACACGUGGCGACCAAAAUGCAAUGUAUUACACGUGGUGACCAAAACGCAAUGUUUUACACGUGCGAGAAGCUGGUGGAUGAUGAUUGGCCGAUUAUGAUAGGGAAUCGUAUACAGUGCCUCCUACGAUAUAGUGCUAUAGCGUGACAUACCUCUAGCUAUGGCACUGUUGGGGGGAUGGCACUAUAUAAAGGAGGCUCAAAUACAUAUAUUUGGGGACAAAGCACACUUGUUACACAAACACAACAAAGCCUGCAUAACACAACAUCCUUUGGUCAGGGUCUCCUUUAAGACAGCAUGGAUAGCUGUACUGCGUACUGAACCAUGCCGGAUGAUACACGUGUGAGCUUAUGAUAACCUGUGCCAGAGGGCGAGCCAUAGCACUAUAUAGAGGGAAGCACUACUAUAGUAGGCACAAUUGAGCGACCCCCCCCUGCAACCGGUCCGUUCUGCCCAGAGAAAACCCCCCCCUACUUCGCCUGCAUACACUGUAAGUCUGCAACGUGUGCGGAUGUUCACACACACCCGAACACGUGCAAGGCCCAGCAAGAGUACCUUCCUAGUAAACCUUUUAGAAACGCAAAAAUCGCAGCGAGCAACGACAAAGUGCUCAAGGCAACCCUGCUUUCUACAAGAGCGUUUUCCGGCUACCGCAGAGACAUUUGAAACAGCUUCAACCGUGUUGUACUUCACUGUUCGAGUAGAAUCUUCGUUCCAUCCUUCAGCAUGGAGCCAAUGACUGACCGCGGCUUUCCAAAAAUGCCAGAACCAGGCGGCCGAGCCCAUACUUUGGAGUCCUCAGCCUCGAUGUGCUGGACUCUUUUAUUCCUGGCUUACUCUUCUUCGACAUUUGUCAACGA